UUUAAUGACGUCGUUGCAAUGCAUUCUGGGGCUGUACUACUUGAUGUGUUUGAUCCUAAUUUCGCAAAACUGUGGUUGGUUUGUUGUUGGUCAAGAAUGAAAGUUGUAUUUACCGCACGUAGUUAUCAGAUCACAACUUGAAUUUUCAUGGGAAGUGUUGUCCUUGUGGUCCUGCGACGAGGCAAAAAUCAAAAAUGCUGGCGAUGCAAUAAAAUACUUGUGCUUCAUCUAUUGAAGUGCUGCUGACGAGGGAGCGGCAUAUACUCUUCGAAUUGAUAGGUUAGCUGCUACCAGCAUGCCGCCUCGCACGAGUCCUCCGGCGUACGUGCAAACCGCACUGCCAGUUCUGUUGGAUCUGCAAAACAGAAACACAAGGGACCAAAUUCAAAGUGGAGUUUCUCGGCCGAGCCAUAAAACGGCGGCGCAAGAAUCAAAAGAGGAAUGCGCCAGGAUCAUGCAGGUUUCGGGACACGAGUUCCUUGACAAACGACAGCUGUGCCAGCCAGGUCACGCGCCUUCCAUUUAUUUUGUGAUUGCCAUGUCUCCAACUCCGAAUCUGAUGCAAGUGAGUGCUGCUGCUCCCAUUAGUUUCCUAGUUUGCCUUUUCAUCUCAAAUAUCAUGGUAACAUGUUUUCACAGUCAGUACAUGCUGUUUCUUAGGUUCGUUUCAUUGAUAGGGUUAUACCAGUCAUGGGUUCCUCGCGAACUGAAUGGUGAAUGAUUGAACAAGCAGUCGAUAUUUUAUCACUACAACAUCAGGUACAGCACCAUUAUCGCGCGAAGAAGAUGUUCCCCUCUUUUGGGAAUGGGUGCGAGAAUUUCACGGCGAAUAUAACGAAGAUUGGUUCUAUCACCCAGAAGAAGAUGACGAAAUACGGCCGUGGCCCCUCGUUCUCGUUGCUUCUGCUCUUGUACAUGGACGAAGUGACUGACGCAAAAACAAGAUAUUCGAAAUUUCUUUUUGCUGCAAAGAACAAAAAAGAAUAUAGAGAUGCAUGGUCAUGCCGUCUUUUUCUAGUGCCCAGCUACUUUUUUUUAUGCCCAUCGUAGAAGUUCUUCGUAUUACGAUAAAACCAGCAUGAUUCGACUUCAUCUUCUGGGACAUUGUAUGUGAAAGUGGUAUUGAUAUUCUGUAGUCUGCAACACUGGCUUCUGGAUUUUGGCAACACUGGCGAAGACGGAAAUAAUAUUUGCAGAUCGAGGUUUGGCCAUGAGUCGUGUUUUUCCCCCGACAUGUGCACACGGAACAUGCCUAGGCUGAAGCAAGAAUUCUUACCCAUGUGGCGACAGGUCAUUCGAGAAAGAAUGGACCCUGCGAAAGCAAGUGGAUCCACUGCGUCACCCGGCGCCCCAACUUCGUCCGACGGAACGGCAGCGGUGGAUCUACUGUCUGGAGAUCUUCUGGAAACGGCCGCAGGCAGUUCGGCUUCCGUUGCGAGAGGUAGAGGCGUCAUUGUUCGAAGUUGUUCCGUUCUUGUGAAGGGUGGUCGUGGAGCUGUUGCGAUGCCGAUGUAGAAGGAUCGGUGUUGUCGUGCAUGCCGAGAGUAUCAUGUUGACAUCAGAAGAAGUGACUCUGACUCCGACUCGCACGCUAUAUUAUAGAAAUUGAAAUAGAACCUGCACACGAGCGCAGCAUUCUCUUUGCAAUUGUCCACAUGCACGUGGCACAUCACUCGUGAUGAUACUUGAUCCAACUACUGCCUCGCUUCCACAUCGUCCGCGAGGGCGAUAAAUGCAUCCGAUGAAGAGAGUGGUCCUCGCACGAUUUCUAUUACCAUCACAGGAGGGUCGUCGUCAUCCACCCGGUUGCGGACUGAUCCUGCGUCUGCUUCUAGCGGCAAUACUUUGGAUGACCUUCUGGGUGGAGUCACCUCCGAUCAUGCGCAGCCACCACAACUAUUGGCGCCGACAGAUGGGCGGUUUCUCAACCAGAGCAGCCCAGCAGAGCACGAUUUGUUGAGUCUCGUUCCCGAGCCAAGCGCACCAGCAGCCGCAUUGCCGUCCUCUACUUCUGCAGCAUCGGCUCCCAGCAGCGACCUUCUCGAAUUGCAGUUCCCUACGAACAGCAGCACGGGUGUCAAGGCAGCAACAGGCAGCGACGACCUUGACCUCUUGAGUGUUGCGUUCGCAGGCGGCCUGAAUUUGUCAUCUUCCGCUACGCCAGCUGUUGGAUCUGGAGGAAUGACGACAACGUCGCACACGAGUCACCAAAUCCAAGACCAACCGCUGGCUUUAUUUUCCGCCGCUUCUAAUGGAGCGCCUGUAGUUCAAGAAAAACUGCCGGUAACUGCUGCAGGGACGGUGGCGAUGCCAUUGCUGCCAGCAUCCUCUCCUCCACCCGUAACGGCGCAGGCCAAGUUGAAAAGUGAUCCCUUGCUGACUGAAUUUGGCGAUCUUUCCGAUCUGCUGUCCGGUGUCUCGCUUAGUAAUGCAAAUAACAAUCUCGAAGCGGGAUCCGCUGCAGCGAAGAAGACGAGCUCACCGGGGGGCUCAUCGCGCGCGUCGCCAAUUGAUUCUGGAACCAAUGCGAUGCAGCUGCAAGGAAACCUGGCUACUAGCGCGAUGAAGUCGCCCGCGUCUAGCAAAGCGGAUCCAUUUGAUGGCCUCUUUUGA